CUCACAGUCCUCACACUUGUUCACARUCGGCCYGUCGCUGCGUUUGUAGUCGUYAGGCCCGUUUGCCGUCGUCGUCGCCGUUUUUCAUUUUUUCUGUUUGUUUUGGAGGGACUUUUUUCUCUUGCUGAGUUUUGAAAUCGUUUAUCGUUCACACGUACACGAUCUAGAAAACAUCAUGUCCGGACGUGCUUUUUCYGCAAUGAAAUGACAUCCCGCGGAGGAGACCGAAACGAAUUAACAAAAUGAASUUAUCGAAUCAGAUAAAAUCAUAGUUUCAAACAAGUCUCUAAUAUGCGAAUCAAUGGCGCUGAAUCACUGUCAUCGUCUUCAAAAUCUGAAGCCGUUACCGACAUGCAGACUGUAACGGCUAAGGUGCAAUUGGCUUGGAAUGACAUGAUUGAAACGGAAAAUGAAUCACUGCGUGAACGUGUAUGUGACUUAGAAAAGAAAGUUUUGGAACAAGGUGACGAAAUAGUAUGUCUYCGAUCAACAUUAGCCGAUGUACUUCGGCGAUUGAACCAAUURGAAGGCAGUCGGACAUUGAGUCUUAACACAUCGGCUCUGAAGAAUGGAAACACGCCUAGGGCGGGAAACCAUUAUGGCGGAAAUGGUCAUCAUUUGAUUUCACCAACCCUAUCACAAAAAGAAGUAACACUUCGUUAUAGAUCUGCAAAUGAACACCCUGUAUCUGCACUAAGGGAUCCUGUUAGAAGAGUUCCCAGUUAUAAUAACUCUCAUUCUUCUUUACCUCAAAGGAGAGCUGUACAUUACCAAUCAACUGGUUCRUUACAUUCUGACUCCCCAAGUUCUAGCAGUGUAUCACCAGUACCUCCAGCAUCACCAUCCCCUUCACCUACAAGGCCUGGAACGGCUCAAAAACCUCAGCGUUCAAAUGGCACAAAUUUGUAUAAUUCAAAGCGAUGGAGUAGUACAGGAGAUUUUAAUCAGGCGCAAAGUUUUAGUGUUGCACCCCAAUCUUCCACCUUAGCUUCCAGUACGCGUGACGCUACGUACAAUGAAGAGGAGGGCAGCGUACGGAUGUUCCUGCGCGGACGUCCCAUCAACCUGUACGCUCCGACUGCCGAGAUCGCGUCCUACGACAUCACCAAAGUGGCCACCGCUCCUUCGUCCAAGCUAAAACUCGAUUGGGUUUAUGGGUACAGAGGAAAAGACUGCCGUUCCAACUUAUACUUGUUGCCCACCGGCGAAAUGGUGUACUUCGUGGCCUCUGUGGYCGUGCUAUACAACGUCGAAGAACAAAGCCAGAGACACUAUUUGGGACACACAGACGACAUCAAAUGUUUGGCGAUUCACCCCAACAAGCUUUUGGUGGCUACUGGCCAGACCGCCGGACACGAUAACCGCGAGGGAAAACCUCACAUCCGAGUUUGGAAUUCGGUCAGCUUAGCAACGGUGGUCGUGCUGGGAUUGGGCGAGUUCGAACGGUCCAUCAGCUGUCUGUCGUUUUCCAAAGCGGACGGCGGUAGCCUUUUGUGCGCCAUCGACGAGGGAAACGAUCAUAACAUAUCCGUGUGGGAUUGGCAGAAGAACGAAAAGGGUCACAAGAUCACGGAGACCAAGUGUUCUAUGGAUACCGUGGUGGCUGCGGAAUUCCAUCCAUUGGAGCGCAACCAGAUCGUCACCUGUGGCAAGGGUCACAUCAGUUUCUGGACACUGGAUGCCGGCGGUACCCUUUACAAGCGCAACGGGAUAUUCGAGACCACUCGCGACCGUCCCAAAUAUGUGACGUGUUUGGCGUUCACGCAGAAUGGAGACAUCUUGUCUGGAGACUCGAACGGAUCCGUAGUCAUAUGGGGACGCGGCACAAAUAAUAUCAUUAAAGUUGCCCGAAACGUACAUGAAGGAUCAGUGUUUUCCAUCUGUGUGUUGAAAGAGGGCAGCAUUAUAACUGGAGGUGGCAAGGACGGUAAACUGAUCCAGUUUGAUUCUUCGAUGCAUCCCACUGGAUAUGAAGCACAAGUUGCUGAACACUUGGGUGGUAUUCGUACAGUGUCUGAAGGCCGCGGAUCACAAUUGCUAGUUGGAUCCACCCGUAAUUGCAUAUUGAUUGGUUCAUUGUCGAUGGGCUUCAGCCCUGCUGUCUUGGGCCACACCGAUGAACUGUGGGCAUUAUGUCCUCAUCCCACAUUAGCUCAAUUUCUCACAGCCGGUUUUGAUCGCAUUGUCCAGCUUUGGGACUCGUUGUCUCGCUCUGUCGUAUGGAGUAAAGACAUUGCAGAACAAGCACAGUCGGCUGCAUUCUCUAGCGAUGGUCGAAUAAUCAUUGUUGGUUGUGUGUCUGGAAAAUGGAUUGUCAUGAAUUCAGAAACACGAGAAAUUUAUUCAACUCAUGUCGACGGGAACGAACCAAUACAGGUUGCGAAAUUCUCCCCWGACGGCACACUACUUGCUCUUGGUUCCAGGGACAACUAUAUCUACAUAUAUCAAGUCACAGAUGGUGCCAGACAUUACACUCGUCUAGGACGAUGCACUUGUUGGGAAGAUAAACGUCGCAGAAGGUGUAGCACCGGUGCUAUUAUUGACAAGAUGUCGGGCCAUUCUAGCUUUAUCACUCAUUUGGAUUGGUCAAAGGAUAACGAGCACCUGCGCAGUAACUCAGGAGACUACGAGUUGUUAUAUUGGAAAGUGAAAGUUUGUCGUCAAGUCACUCACAGCACUCAACUUAGGGACACUGCAUGGGCAACCAACUCUUGCGUACUGACAUUCACCUCCAUCGGAAUAUGGCCCGAAGGUGCUGAUGGCACCGAUGUUAAUGCAUGUGAACGAUCAAACGGAUCCAAGCUGAUGGCAACAGGAGACGACUUUGGUAAAGUGAAACUGUAUUCAUAUCCGGUCAAACAACCUAAGUCGCUGUGCCACGUGUAUGGAGGCCACAGCAGUCAYGUGACAAACGUGACUUUCUUGCACGACGAUUCCAGACUGAUAUCGAUUGGUGGCAAAGACACCAGCGUCCUACAAUGGGAAAUCAUAUAAAAGAGCGUUAAYUGAAUCUUAUCAUUCUUAUUAUUAUUACAAUUAUUAUCAUCACUAUUAUCAUUCAAAUGAUUCUUCACUUAUUACGAGAAAAAUAUUAAUUAUUGAAUCCAUUAUUAUAUUUAUUAUUGUUUAGUACAUAUUUUUAAUAAUAUUCACUUUAGCACAAAUACAGUAAGUGUUCAAUGUGUUUGUGUUAUUCAAAUGUUCUAUAUUAUUCGUUAUUACACUUUCAAUGUUAUGUCGACAAUUAUUCAUAGAAUAAUACAUUAUUAUUAUUAUCAUAAUUAUCACUCGUUU